AUGGCGCCCAGCAUCGACUUACCCACCGAUUUCUACAAACCUGAAGAAACCGUCUUCUGCAAUGACGGACGUGAAGACCAACUCCUCUCCUUCAUCACCAACCACCCCCAGCUCCCUCAAAUCCGCAACUCGCCAGAAGCCGUGCUCGCCGCCAUCGACGAAUUCGGCCGCACCAAGGAUUUCCUGAUGAACGUCGGUCCUCACAAAGGGAGACUGAUCACCGACCUCAUCGCCACCGACCGCCCAUCCACUAUCCUGGAGAUUGGCGGCUACGUCGGCUAUUCGGCCAUCAUGUUCGGCCACGCUCUCCGCAAAGCAGCGGCAACAACAGGCCAAACCCCGCGGUUCCUCAGUCUGGAAAUGAACCCCCAGUUUGCCGCCGUCUCGAAAGCACUGGUUGCGAUCGCGGGGUUAGACGACAUCGUCGAUAUCUGGGUAGGGCCCUGCCGCGCGUCUCUCCAGCGUCUGGCGAAGGGCAAGACGACUACUAAUACUACUGCUACUACUACUAGUAGUAGCAGUAGUAGUAAUAGUGAUUCUGCCACGGAGGCCCGGGAUAUGCUGUUUCUCGAUCACUCCAAGAUCUCGUAUUUGAAUGAUUUGAAGCUGUGCGAGGAGUUGGGCCUGGUGGCACCUGGAUCUACUGUCGUCGCGGACGAUAUGAAAAGGCCCGGGAACCCGCAGUAUUCAGAGUAUGUCCGGGCUUCGCCGGCCACGAAGACUGAGGCGUGUUUGCCCUUUCAGGGGUGUCUCUCGGAUGGUGGCAUUUCGUUGGGCAAUCCAUCUUUGGUCUAUGAAACGACGUUAGUGGAGGGGCUGGAGCCGACGGGGCUUAUGGAUGCGGUUGAGAUUUCGAAAUGUGUGGGGCUGGUAGAGGCCAUAUAG